GGCUCUCCUGCGCAACUUUCUAUUCAUUUUUUUAUACUGAAACUUUAACAAACAACAACAACAACAACAACAGAACCAAACGAGAGGAUUCCGACCCGCUGUUUGAUGAAGUGAAAAAUGUAAAUAAAUAAGAACUGCCCGCCAGGCUGUAGUUAUAGUUGUAGACUCCAGUUGUUGAGUAUCCAGCUGCAGGGUUUUACAUAACGGACUCUUUCUUUGUGGAAUUUUGCGUCCAAUCUGAUAUCUGAUCCAGCAGAGAGAGAAACAGAUGACACGUCUGAUCUGAUGACAUGGGCAUGAGUUUUGUGCCCGCUUUAAACACUUGGACAGCGGGAGUGUUUGUGUAGGGUUUGCGGAGGCGUUCACUUCCAACACCACGGCUUUAGAUGAUAAACUGGAAUGAACUCGGUCACUUGGUGAAUAUUUGCUGCAGCCUGUAGAGAUGGAUUGUUGGCUGAAUAAUCCAGCCAAGAAUAUAUCUUUAGAGGAUCAACCCAUGAGAGACCUGCUGCAAAGCACAGGGAGCACCGUACCCACCAGCUCCUCUUCCAGUGACGUCUCGAAUGGACGGAGCAGCGUUAACGCUCACAGGGAGCUACCGAUGGGACACAAUGCUCAAGAGCCAGGCACUAAAGCCUUCAAGAUGCAGCAGGAGCUGAAGGAAGGUUUUAACCUGAAGGAUAACCUGGCUCUUUUGGACGAGAGCAUCGCCGAUUUAAACCGCACCUCGAGUUCCGACAAGUUGUGCUUUCGAACCCCUGAAGCAUUCACAUUCAAAAUGGAGGAGUUUUCCACUUUGAAUAAAUCUGACUAUGACUUUGGCUCCUAUGACCAGACGGAAAAAGACGAGUCUGGGAAUGACAGACUGCUAGAAGAGAACACCUUGGAUAUCUUACAGAGUCUGGAGCUACCUGGCUCUCUUUCAGACCUCAACGAGUUCUGUGUGGCAAAUGACGAUGCGUUUUUCCCUUCCCUGGCAGUGGAGGACACACCGCUCGUCGAUAGCAGCAUGCUGAAAGAUACCAAACCUGUUCUGCCCGGAAAAAACAUUAACGGCAAUGAUAAAGCACAUCCACAGCAGACUCUGGAACAUAACCUCAAUGUUCCUGGCAUAAAGACGGAGAAAGAUGCAGAUUUUAUUCAGUUGUGUACACCUGGUGUGAUCAAGCAUGAAAGUGAGAGGAGAGGCUACUGUCAGAUGACGACGAUGGCUGGGCAUCAUGGAGCGUCCGUCAAUCUGAGCAUGGACAGCCAGUCAUACCACUACGGUGCCAAUACUUCUUUACCAGACCAGAAGCCUGUAUUAGGCUUGUACGCCCCUUUGCCAACUGGCAGUGAUGGCUGGAUUCAGGGAAAUGGAUUUGGAGAUGCUUCUACCUACACAUACAACAGGUCUGUUCUGAGUCCUGACGCCAGCACUUUAAACUCACCCGGUUCCGCUCGACCCAAAGGCCCGAACAGCAAGAUCUGCCUGGUGUGUUCGGACGAGGCGUCAGGGUGCCACUACGGCGUUCUGACCUGCGGUAGUUGCAAAGUUUUCUUCAAAAGAGCUGUAGAAGGAUGGAGAGCACGACAAAACACACAUGGCCAACACAACUAUCUUUGCGCUGGGAGAAACGACUGCAUCAUCGACAAGAUCCGCAGGAAGAACUGUCCGGCCUGCCGCUUUCGCAAAUGCCUCCAAGCAGGCAUGAACCUAGAAGCACGCAAAAACAAAAAGCUGAUCCGACUGAAAGUGCAGCAGGCGACGGCCUCGCCCCCGCCCUACAUGGCCACUGAGCGUCAGUCCUCUCUGGUGCUCAAGUCCAUGCCUCAGCUCGUACCCACCAUGCUGUCACUGCUAAAGGCCAUCGAGCCUGAAAUUGUGUACGCCGGCUACGACAGCAGCAUCCCCGACACCUCCACACGCCUCAUGACCACCCUGAACCGACUCGGGGGACGCCAGGUCAUCUCCGCCGUCAAGUGGGCCAAAGCCCUGCCAGGUUUCCGGAAUCUGCACCUGGAUGACCAGAUGACCCUGCUGCAGUGCUCCUGGCUCUUCCUCAUGUCCUUCAGCCUCGGAUGGAGAUCUUACCAGCAGUGCAACGGAGGCAUGCUCUGCUUCGCCCCUGACCUUGUCAUCAAUGAGGAAAGGAUGAAGCUGCCCUACAUGAGUGAACAGUGUGAGCAGAUGCUGAAGAUCACGAACGAGUUGGUGCGUCUCCAGGUCUCCUACGACGAGUAUCUCUGUAUGAAAGUGCUGCUGUUGCUCAGUACAGUACCAAAGGAUGGGCUGAAGAGCCAGGCUGUGUUUGAUGAAAUCCGCUUGUCCUACAUUAAAGAACUGGGCAAAGCCAUCGUCAAACGGGACGAGAACUCCAGCCAGAACUGGCAGAGGUUCUAUCAGCUCACUAAGCUUUUGGACUCCAUGCAGGAGAUGGUGGAGGGACUUCUUAACUUCUGCUUCUACAUGUUUGUGAACAAGUCCCUGAGUGUAGAGUUCCCUGAGAUGCUGGCUGAAAUCAUCACCAACCAGCUUCCGAAAUUCAAAGACCGGAGCAUCAAGCCACUUCUCUUUCAUCAAAAAUGACUGCCUUAGACGAUGACAAUGCCUUAAAUCCACCGGUAGCCUAACAGCCCUGAGGUGACCUUCAGCUAUCACGGCUUAACUGAGUGAGACUGCAUGGGUUUUAUUUUUAAGUGAGUGUGUGUAAACGUUGCUUGAGAGGGAGCGUGAAAGAAAGAAUGUUAAAGAGCGUCCAUGGCACAGACGAGGACUGGAGAUAUAUACACACACACACACACACACACACACACACACAGUAUAUAUAUAUAUAUAUAUAUAUAUAAAAGCCUCCUUCAACCCUUUAUUCUGAUGAAUCACCAUUAUAAUCGUUUCUGCAGAAGCAUUCGUUCAGGAUCUGGCUCGUUUUAGAUGAGAAGACAUUUUGCUUGUACACUGAUGCGAUGUUUAUAAAGGAACAUCAGAAACGGGAAAAUGUGCCUUUAAAAGAAUAUUUGUUCAUGUAAAUGGCUCACAUGCUUUUUGUGUUUGUGUCUCGCACCUUAAACGUGACAGUGUUUUCCGCUCUGCUUGAGAACAACACUGUUUGGAUUUGUAAGGUCGGCAGCUCAGUAAUCCUCAGGAGUGCUGAAAGUCAGGACGUAAUCCCUGAAGCCACGCCAUGGAAAAUAAAAGCCCUUUUUAACUGCUAUGCUGCGCUUGAAAAUAUUAUACGAUGCUUUUCACUGCUCUUUGAGGUCUUUUGUCACUGGCUACACGUUGUUCGUGCUCUCGCGCAGGCGUCGGAUUACCUCAUUAACCGUGCUCACGUGUUCAGAGUUGGAAUUGAAGUGUACGUCCGCUGUACGUCGAGACGCAGCUCUCUGUGUGCUACGAAACAGCAGGGGUCGUUCUCUGCCGAGUAAACUCAAAGUACGUCAUAAAAAAAUGCUGAAAUGAUCUAGAACUUUAUUUUCCGUGUACUUGUCGUAGUACAGCGGAAAGGAGUUCGCUUGUUGCGACUGUUCGGUCGGAUUACAGCAGCAGCAGAUCGACUCGUUUCAAACUGAAACGGAUUCAUGGAUCGAACCGCGAUCUCUGGAGCUGCGAGUCCGUGCCGUUCCCCGCUGCACCACCGUGCCUAGUCCUGAAAAAAUAAUACUAUUUUAAAUGUAAUUGUUGAACAAAAUGAACCUUUACAAAUGCUUUUACCUACUUAAAACAUCGAAUCGGAUCAGUGUCGAAGCUGAGAACCUUGCUGUGGACGUUUGGUCACAAAACAGAAAAUACAGUACGUGUCUUUAUCUGGGAAGAACAUGCUCAUCAUAUCAGCAGUACUUUAUCUUUACCCUGGUUUACUGUUGGUAUAGGACGUGUGUGUGUGUGUGUGUUAGUGUGUGUGUGCGCAGGUUCGCCGACAGCUUUACUGUGACCGCUAGUGUCUUUUUUCUGCACGUCCAUUGUUCCUAUUUGUUUCAGUCCUUCUGUAGAGUUUGUUUAAUUGGAGAACGGUUUUAAAGGCUGUAACCCUUUUUGUUUUAUUUCCUUUGCGUGCUCUCGCGGUGCCAAAGCCUGCACCCCGUCUCCUAUACGCUCAGGCCCGAGUCUUCUUGUCCUCCUGUCUGCUCAAGGGAUUUUAACGUGAGAGCGAUUUGUUGUGUUUUUAUCAAACCGCACCAGCAGAGCUUUAUACGAGUACCUGAAGUCCCCAAGCCAGCGUCGUCAUUUUAGCGUGCACAUUUAUUUACGGUGUUUAGCAGUACUUUUAUUUCUGACUGUGACCAGAACAUUACUGUGUUUAAAAAGAAAGAAUGUUUUUUUUUUCUUCUCUUUUCCUCAAACACAGCAAAGUCUUUAUUUAACCGCGGUCAUUUUGGUUCGGAUCAGUCUGUUAUAAACCCUAUUCUGUGACUUUUCUGUAAGACUGCACUAUGGACAAGCAUUAUUUUGGCUUUCACACGUCGUUCCCACGUACACACGCCCAUCUGUCCCUCACUCGUCACCCUGGAAAUUUCGGGUAUCUGCAGAGAUCUGCGAAUUCUGUUUCAUGCCUUUUCAUGCCAUGUUAAUGUACUUUGACGUUUAGCUUUUGUUUAGCUUUGACGGUGUGACAAGUGACUCAAAAUGCCUUUUAAAAAUGUCUUAAAGCUCUGUUUGUAAAUGCAAAACCGAGCGCUUUAGCUUUAGCGUGUUUCUCUGUGACGGUCAGCGUUUUAUACCUGUUUUAUGUCCGUCGCCGUGUACGGGACUUCGUUUUUCCCUCGCACAUGCUUCCCGUCUCUAUAUCCAGCUCUUACUCCAUUGAAAGCGUGUUGGUGAAUAUUAUAUCUCACUAGUGUUUGUUGAGUAGCUGUAAUUGACAUAUUUUUUGCUUAAUACUAAAUACGUAAUUUGAUUGGACAUGUUUAUGAAAAUAACAUUAAAUGAUGACGUUAUAUUUACAAUGCACGUAAAAGCGAACCCAUUUAGACAGUGGAUCGGAGUUUUAAUGGCAUUGGAGCACAAAAUGAUUUUCCACCGAUCUGCAGAUACCUGAAACAGAUCGUUAGUACACGGAACUGGUUUUUAUUUUUUUAUUUUUGGGUCAGAUGGUUUUACAAAGACAAACUGGGAUUGUUUUCUCACUUUAUCUUCCCAAACCCCCAAUAAAUGAUCCACGACGGUCCUCGCUAGCUCUUAUCCUACAGCAGUUGUAGAAAAUCUGAUGUGCCUCGUAUCUGAAUGCGUUUCCUGUAAUUUGAUUGCAUUAGAUGCUUUUGUCAUGAUUGUAUUUUGUUAUUUUUUAAAAAUGUGUUUGCACUUUUAUGUAAAACAAAGUGUUAUGUUUGCCUUGUAAGUAAUUCUCUAAAUGAAUGGAAAAGACUUCCGAACGAUCACUGUGUUUUAAAGACAUCAGAUUGGGAAUGUAGAUUUUAUAGCGGCUGAAGCACGCCAGAGUAAUGACAUCAUGAUGAUGAUGAUGAUGAUGAUGAUGAUGAAAGUGUUUAAAGCAGUUGUAUUUUUCAGUAGCACUUGGUUUCAUGUUUGGAAUGUGUUGUUUUACUUCAUGUUUUAUUUCCUUUCCCGGCUUUGGUCUCAUGCAUAUUGAUGUGAAAAUGAACCAGUCUCUUGGAAAAAAAAAAUAGAAAAAAAAGAAAAGACUGCGCGUGCACGUGACGGACCAGAGCCUGAGGAUUUGCACUACCCUAAUACUGGUCUGAGAAAAUCCUUUCUGUAAAACAUUAACGCAGAUAUUCUCAUGAAAGUUAAAGGCAAAGAUAUUUCACUGGUAUAUAUAUAUGGCUUAUAUCAAAAUAAAUAGAUUCAAGUUUUGUUUGUAUUUUAGUCCAAAGUAAAGAAUAAUGUCUGUUUAAACUAGUUUUGUAUUACACUUCAGUAGCCAAUCAGUGUCCAUCUUUACACAUUUGAUUAAAUGUUGAACACGA